GCGCUGCGCGCACGCCGCUGAUUGGCUAAACAAUGGCAUUAUCGACGUGAGGGGGGGAUGCGUUGUCCUCGGUUGGUGUGGCACUGUCCGAAAAAAAUAAACCAAGACCCACCACAGUUACACGUGGUGAGCACUUGGGAAUGAUAAACUGAACACAUUAAGCAAGCGACCUGUGCAUGCAUUUGUUUGGGAAUUUAUUCAAGAAGGCAGGAUCUUAAAAGGGUGAUUGACACACCAAGCAGGUGUGUCCAGCUGCACACUGACAUCAUACAGGAAUCUUGCUGAGUCCAUAGUCAUGAGUGAAGGAGCAUCUGGAGACAUCACUGGCUUGGAGCUGGAGGGAGUGAUUGGGACAGAGGAGACCCCAGUGAAUACGCUUCAGAGAUCAGCAGGGGAAGAGGGAACCAGCACUAGGAGGAAGAAGAGGAAGAAAAAGAAAGAGAUCAUCUACCGCUCUGACCUGGAGGAUGAUGAUGCUGGGGAGGGGACCUCUGCGAAUGUGGAUGGAACCUUUAGUCCUCCACAUGACGAAGAAGAAGAGGAUAUCCCUCCUGACAGCCGUUUCGUGACCCUGACUGGCACCAUCACGCGAGGAAAGCGGAAAGGCCAAAUGGUGGACAUCUAUAUGACCCUUACCGACAAAGAGCUGAGAGACAUGGCGCGCUCCAAAGAGCGUCUAGAUGCGGAAUGCGACGGGGUCGCGGAAGCCAAGCAAAAACCCUGUGCGCUGGGGGUCAGCCAGGGCCCUCAUGUUCUUCUCUGGAGCCUUUCCUGCUCCCCGUUCAUUUUCCUUCUCUCGUUCAUCACGUCGUUUUACUACGGAACGCUCACCUGGUACAACGUCUUCCUGGUUUACAAUGAGGAGCGCAGUUUUCUGCACAAGAUCACGGUGUGUCCCUUGCUCAUUCUGUUAUAUCCUGUUCUGAUCAUGGCGUUGUGUGUUUGUAUGGGGGUGUACGUCGCCGUGACCCAGCUCUCCUGGGUGUUUGGAGAAUGGUGGCUGGCGGUGAGGGACCUGGAGAAGGGCUUCUGUGGGUGGAUGUGUGGGAAGCUGGGGUUGGAGGACUGUGCCCCGUACAAUGUGGUUGAGCUUCUGGACUCUGACACACUCUCCGGGACCCUCCAGGGGAAGAGGAUGGAUGAUGUUGAACACACUUCUACUUUGUGAACUCAAAAACAUGGAAUAACGUUCUGGGUUUAGGUGUUUCAACAGCAUCUGUAGCAUGCUGCCGAUUUCCACAAAGAUUAUUUUGACCUGUCGAUCAGAAAAAGCAAACUGAAGAAUGAGUCAAAAUGAGUUUCGAUAGCAUAACUUGUUUUCAAUCCUGAGCAUUCAUUUUGGGAUGAUCUUUAAGACAAGUCUUCAUUUUGCACAGUUUUAUUGAUUUGUACAUGUUGCUAGGGAAUUGUCUAUGAUUUAUUCAUAUACUGUAAAAUUUUACAAAAUCAAUUAAAUACAGGGCCUAGUUACUCUAAGAAUUCAGCACAUUAUCUUUCCAUAUCAAAUGUAAGGAAUAAUGGAUUUUGAGGUUUUAAUGCUAUACAAAUUAAUGCCAAAAACAAAUUUUGUUGAUGCAGAACAUAAAUCAAACUAUAUUUAAAGGGUUAGUUCACCCAAAAAUGAAAAUUAUGUCAUUUAUUACUCACCCUCAUGUUGUUCCACACCCGUAAGACCUUCGUUCAUCUUCGGA